CGUUUGAACGAUCGAAACUCGUGACUGUAGGGAAAGGAAACCUUUCCAUGUGAACUUUCUCUUGGCUAACAGAUUGUAUGUAUGCACCUAACUAACUUGAGAAACAACUAUUAUGAAAAUCGUAUAUGGUUUCCUAAUUUGAAAAGAAUUAUUAUAUAAAUCAGUUUAGAAAACUUAACAUUAUUUUAUGACCAUAUUCCUGUGUUGUUAUAUUCAAUUGUAUAGGAACUUGAAAAUUUUUUGAUAUCUAAUAUAUAUCACCAUAAAGAUAAUUUCAGCUUAGUUAUCAAAUAUGCGUUGCCCAUCUGCACCAGGUAUACAAGCCAGGAUGAUGAACACUUCCUAACGGACGACCACCUAGCUCAACCAAAAGGAGAACUUAGCAACACCAGGUGUUCGGCGUCAACCGAAGAUAAAAAUUAUCUGUGAAAACAAAAGAACCAGAGAGAAAGUAAAACAAGGAAUCUGUGUUUUGAUCAGUCAGAAUAGUAGAUAAAAUGACUGAUUUUACGACAUCGUGUAAUCGACGUACCAUAAAAACUGGACAAUGUUCUUGUGAUAAUAGAGGAAAUAGGAAAACCCAAUCUUUGUGUUCAGAAAAAUACUCCUCUUGGUUGUUUCACUCCUGGCUUUGUGUAGCGGCCAUUCUGUCUUUAGCCACACCAGGAAUGUUCGUUAAUGGAAACUGUCAAUAUCCUCACAAGUGGUCAGGCAGUUGGUUCCAGAAAGGAGUCCAGGAUCCAAUAUUAAUUUACAAUGGUACUCUCUCCAGUAAAGGUGUCUGUAGGGAAAUCAGCGGAGACAAAUUUCUCAUAGAGAGCAG